AUGACUAGCGAGACGGUAAAUAUCACCGACUUGUCCAUCCCACAGCUACAAGAAUUAGCUAAGCAGUAUGAUCAGAAUAUAAGGCUUUUCACUGCCUCCAUACAACAGUUAAAAACCCUUCAAAAACAGUUUGCUUCAUCCAAAAAUUGUUUGAAUGAUUUUUUGCCAGCUAGCCAGAAUGGAGAUAUUCUGGUGCCCCUCACGUCUACUCUGUGUGUACCGGGCAAGCUUACCGAUACAGAGCAUGUUAUAGUUGACAUUGGCACAGGUUACUUCUCGGAAAUGACGAUCGACCAGGCCGAAAAACAUUUCACAAGAAGAAUUGAAUACAUAAAUAAACACAUUCAAGAUAUAGCUGCUGUAUUGGAGGAGAAGACACAGGCCCAUCGUGUUAUUGCAACUACAUUGGAAUCGAAAGUUCAGGAAUUUAUACGUUCCAGGGCUGCCGCCACUGGGACUGGUUCCUAA